AUGGCAGAAAAAAUCUUAGAGAAGUUAGAUAUUCUGGAUGAGCAGGCAAAGAUACUCUUGGCCAGAAGAGCAAAGAAAAACACGCUUCAGAGUCAAGGAAAGAAAAAUACUUCAGUUACACCCCUGACGUUUGACUUUCAGUUAGAAUUUGAAGAGGAUAUUGUUCCAUUCAUAUCUAAGAAAGUACCCAAGAUCACAGGAGACAAUUUAUACAGUAUUAAAAAAGGAAAAAGGUAUGUCUUCUUCAAAAAUGAACCUGAUCCUAGAAAGAGUGAUUUUGAAAAGUUAAAUUUAAGAUCACACUUUAUACCAACAAAUAUAAAAAAUCAAGAAAGCAAGUCAAUAGAGCCUGUGAAAGAAAAUCUGAAAUCAAGAUCAUUUAGACCUUUCCUUUAUCUUAAGGAUACCGCUGAGAAUACACAACCAUGUAGAAGAACACUGGGUCCUACAGUCAUUUCUCCUGUACCCAGGAUUCAAUCCAAUGCUUACAAGAAGGAAAAAGACUCUACUUUAUUUGCAGCUCAAACUGAAAAAAAUCCUGGGGAAUCAUUUGAUCUGGCUGGUCACUCAGAAGAUUAUGUCAGUAAAAGAAGAAAAUCUGCCCCACAGAUGGAUGAUUUUAGCACAGAAGAAAACAAAACCAUCAAAAAUCAUCAAUUAAGUGAAUACUGUUCUAUAAGAAAGAAAAGCUUGCUUCCCUUGUGCUUUGAGGAUGAGUUGAAAAAGCCAAAUGCCAAGAUAAUCAACACUAGUCCACCAAAGACAGUAACUUCUCAUGUGGAACAAAAUGACACAAAUCCCAUAAUUUUCCAUGAAACUGGAUAUGUACAAAUGUUACUUUUGACGAAAAAUAGGCUUCCUCUCCAUCGUAUGGAAAAAGAGAACAUUUACCCAUAUAAGAGAGCAGAUUUUGUUUUAGAAAGAAAUUAUGAAAUCCUCAAAUCUUUAAUUAGUGAUCAAUUUAUUAUAUCUUCUAAACCUAAAAGAAUUAUGCCUACAACAUGGAAAAGAGAUAUACAAGCAAUAUCUUUUGAAGUGGGCCGUAGAGUUGUAGAGGGUAAACUAAGGAAGAAAACUAAUAAGCAGACACUUGAAAACAUAUCCUGGAGUAAACUCUAUAAUUUCUCACAGACUUUUUCCAGCCUAACAAAAAAAUUUGUUGGCUUCUUUGAUAGAAGUGUUAUUCAAGAAAUGAGUGCUAGACAUGGCAACUUUGAAAGAAUGUUUUCUACAACAAAACCAAGGAGCAAAUUCAGUGCCUCACCUGUCAAACAUCGCUCAAAGCCUUUAAAAAAUAUACUCGAAGUCCAUAAAUUAAAUAAUGUAACACCAAUGGAUGAUUUGUUAAACCAGUGA